GAAAUAUGUGAGAAUCCACGGUUUAUUAUCGGUGGAGCAAACAGAACAGAUAUCUGCCAAGGAGAAUUAGGUGACUGCUGGUUCCUGGCUGCCAUUGCUUGCCUGACGCUGAAUAAAAAACUACUCUGUAGAGUCAUACCUCAUGACCAGUCCUUCAUACAAAACUAUGCUGGCAUCUUUCACUUUCAGUUCUGGCGCUACGGAGACUGGGUGGACGUCGUCAUUGAUGACUGCUUACCCACAUACAACAACCAGCUGGUCUUUACCAAGUCCUCCCAGCGCAAUGAGUUCUGGAGUGCCCUCCUGGAAAAGGCCUAUGCAAAACUCCAUGGGUCAUAUGAAGCUUUGAAAGGAGGCAACACCACUGAAGCCAUGGAGGACUUCACUGGAGGAGUCACAGAGUUCUAUGAGAUAAAGGAUGCCCCUAAAGAUAUCUAUAAGAUCAUGAAACAUGCUAUUGACAGAGGAUCCCUCAUGGCCAGCUCCAUUGAUGAUAACCUAGGCUUUUCCUACGGAUCAGCUCCCCGGAGCGACAUUGGAGAACUGAUUGCUCGAAUGGUGAAGAAUCUAGAAAACGCACAGAUGACUCACUCCACUGUAGACUACCAGGGGAUAGAUGAGAGGCCAGCCUGGACCAUAAUGCCAAUGCAGUAUGAAACCCGGAUGUCUUGUGGGCUUGUCAAAGGUCAUGCUUACUCUGUCACGGCCGUGGAAGAGACAACAUUUAAAGGGGAAAAAAUACGUCUGGUAAGGCUGAGAAACCCCUGGGGGCAGGUGGAAUGGAAUGGACCUUGGAGUGACAAGUCAGAGGAAUGGAAUUUCAUUAAUGAGGCAGAGAAAAUCCGCCUGCAGCACAAGAUCAUAGAGGAUGGGGAGUUCUGGAUAUCAUUUGAAGAUUUCAUGAGGCACUUCACAAAACUCGAGAUCUGUAACCUCACACCUGAUACUCUGGAAGCCAAUAAACUCCAGACCUGGACUGUGUCAGUCAACGAAGGGCGCUGGGUGAGAGGCUGCUCAGCUGGAGGUUGCCGCAAUUAUCCAGAUACGUUUUGGACCAAUCCCCAGUAUCGCUUGAAGCUCCUGGAGGAAGAUGAUGAUCCUGAGGAUGAAGAGGUCAUCUGCAGCUUCCUCGUCGCACUGAUGCAGAAAAAUAGGAGGAAGGAACGCAAGCUGGGAGCCAACCUGUACACCAUUGGCUUUGCUAUCUACGAGGUGCCCAAAGAGAUGCAUGGUACUAAGCACCACUUGCAAAAGGAUUUUUUCCUCUACAAUGCCUCCAAAGCUAGAAGCAAGACCUAUAUAAACAUGCGAGAAGUCUCUGAGCGCUUCCGGUUACCUCCCAGCGAGUACGUCAUCAUCCCAUCAACAUAUGAACCCCAUCAGGAGGGAGAAUUCAUCCUGAGGGUCUUCUCAGAGAAAAGAAGUCUUUCAGAGGAGGCUGAAAACAUGAUUGAGGCAGAUCGUCCAUCAAAGAAGAAAAAGGGCAAGCCUAUCAUCUUUGUUUCUGACAGAGCGAACAGCAACAAGGAGCUGACAGCAGAUGAAGAUGCUGGCAAAGAUGGUGAAAAAACCCACACAGAUCAGAAAAAGCGUCCUUCAGCAAAAGCUCGUGAGAAGAGUGAAGAGGAAACACAGUUCAGGAACAUUUUCCGACAGAUUGCAGGGGAUGACAUGGAGAUCAAUGCUGAAGAACUCAGGAAUGUUCUCAAUAACGUCGUAAAAAAACAUAAGGACCUAAAGACAGAAGGAUUCGAACUGGAAUCCUGCCGCAGCAUGAUUGCUUUAAUGGAUACAGAUGGCUCAGGGAAGAUAAACUUUGAUGAGUUUCGACAUCUCUGGGACAAGAUUAAAAGCUGGCAGAAAAUUUUCAAGCGUUAUGACACGGAUCAUUCAGGAACUAUCAACAGCUACGAAAUGCGCAAUGCAGUCAAUGAUGCAGGGUUUCGGCUGAACAACCAGCUCUACGACAUCAUCACCAUGCGCUACGCUGACAAGAACAUGAACAUCGACUUUGACAGCUUCAUCUGCUGCUUCGUGCGCCUGGACGCCAUGUUCAGGGCAUUCCACGCCUUCGAUAAAGACGGAGAUGGCAUCAUUAAGCUCAAUGUCCUGGAGUGGCUGCAGCUCACGAUGUAUGCGUAACACCGGAGCCAGCGGCCACCUUCAUCAAGAACACGCUGAAGACUUCUGUUUCGAGUAACUAGCUCAAAUCAUCCCCAAGUGCAAACAAGAGCAUUUCCUAAUUAUGUGCUUCACUCCCCAAGAUAGACAGCGCAUGGGAAGAAGCCCUUAGAAAAUGAAACGACCAUACUCCAGUGGGCAGACCAGUCCACAUACUCUAACUACUUUUAUAACUUCCUGACGUUUCCUUUGGGAAACAAGGAUUAAUUUACUGAUGACUGACUUAAGCUUUUUCU